AUGACUCUCAUUUUUCUAAUUCCAACGACUUCUGUACUUUUUUUCAUCCACUGUGCCUCCCUUGAUGCUAUUACUGUACCUGGAGAAAUAUCGAAUGAUGUUGCCAAUCAGUUCUUAACUAGAUAUAGGCGUAGUGACUCUAGAUGUAACAGAGAUGAGACUUACUGUGAAACUAACAAAAUUAGUUGUAUGCAACACAACGAGAACUCCAGGGAAUACUACUGUGGCUUGAAUAACCCAUGUACCUCAGGGCAGACUUGUUACCUAUCAACUCCUUGUCCAGCACAUUACCGGACUGGGUGCACAAAUAACGCUUGUUAUGGACAACCUUGCCAGCAUGCAGGUACAUGCACACUGGAAUCGUCUGUUAAAGGAUACAACUGUCGUUGUUUAAGUGGCUAUGACCCAGAUACAGAUUGUAGAUCAUAUAUAGACUACUGUAGGAGCAAUCCAUGUCAGAAUGGAGCGUCGUGUUCUCCGGGACUGAAUGGUUAUACCUGUACUUGUCUGCCUGGAUACAAUGGUGCCCAUUGUGAAAACAAAAUCAACGAAUGUAUAAGCUCCCCGUGCAUUUAUGGACAAUGUGUCGAUGAAGUCGCUAAAUACACAUGUACUUGUGACUUUUUAUACGUUGGAAAUCGUUGUGAAAAAGUGAAUGCAACAUACAUAAUAACCAUAGUGCUAGGACUUUUGGGAAUCAUAGCGACUUUACUUGGAUUAUAUAUUAUGUGGAGAAAAAAGAAAAAGCAGACAGAUUCUACGCCACCUUUCCCGUUUGAAAACAUGAAACUUGGACAGACGAAAUCCCAAUUUUCACGAAAUGCAACACAGAUUGUUAAGACUAUCCCGCAACCAGAUCCCGUCUUAUUUCCGGAUGGAAAUCUUGGACAGCCAAAAAUAAUUUUCAGCAGCAGAUAA